UUCGUCAGACAAACUGGGCGGAGAGACUUGAUAUACUGGAUCAUGUGAGUGGAUGAUUGGUCCGUACAUUUAAGAGGUGUGUCUUAUGUUAUACAGAUGAAGAUUAAGCUUUACUGAUUGCUUGCUUCGGUGUGUUUGGCUGAGAGUUAUUGGCGAAAAAUGCAUGUAGGCAGGAGCUCAGAGCAUUCCGCUUGUUAAAUGUGUUUAUACCGUUAAAACAACAGUGAUGUUUGCAUCAACGCACAAAUUAACGGACACAUGUAAAAAAGUUGUUAAUACAAAAGAAAACGAAUGCGUUUGAAUUCAUUGAGGAAAAUUAAGGGGUUUGUUGAUCGAAACAGAAGCACCUGCAAAUCCUUGACAUUUAUUUUAUGAUAUAUCGUAGUCAUCAGGGAAAACGUAUUAGAACCCUAACCCCCUUUUAAUAAUCUAUUUAACUGUUAAAACUAUGUUAAUCACGAUUUAUUUAUUUGAGUCUACUGCAAAACUGAGGUUGACUUUACUGUUUGUCACAAGAGGGCGUUGUUGCAUUGAAGAUUCAUUUGUAGGAUUUGACCGUUCAAACUGUACUUUUAAAUCGGUGUCUUUUUUGGGAGGUGAAAGCAAAAACAAACCAGAAACAACAAACAACAUUUGAUGUAAGGUGGGUGUAUAGUAAAAUCAAUUUAGCGGUGAAGUUAAUAUUGUAAUUAUAUGUACUUGUUAUUAUUGUAUACUUUAUUGACACUUGCAAUAUGGGAAAAGUGCCAACACAAUUGAGCCCAACCAGCUUUCCCAUUCCAAUUCUGCCAUGUCGCCAGGCAUUUCCCCCAGGCGCAGGCAAAUUGAAAAAGACAAACUCGCUGAGAAAUGUCCCUUGUAGCUUCCCAUCCCGGAACUGUCCUGUUUCCAAGGCAACGAGGACGCGAUGACUGCUGGACGACAAACCAACUACUGAAAACCUCAAAUAUAUUUAUAACUUCAGUUAUAUUCCCCUGUGAGGUAAUUUUACGAUUACAUUAAAUAGUUAAAUAGCAGCCUAUUGUUAUUUUCAGGUGAGCAUGGAACAAACCUACUUUUAUUGCUGGGUCUGUUAGAUGUCAUCCUGUCCUAAACAGGCUCUGUGUUUUCUCUUAAACUUUCUGUUAGGCUAUUUUGAAAAACCUGGCUCUUCAAAUGUACAAGUAUCCUGUAAGUCGUUUACUGUAAAUAUCCCUACAGGUAUUAAAAGGGACUCCAUGGCUGAUGUGAGCUCAGUUCAGUAUUUCAUUGAGCGGUUCUCUGUAAUUUGCAACAAGCCAGUGUCCCAUGUGCAGCUGGCAUGCUGCUCUUCUCAUUGUGCUGUUCCAUGGCAGGACAAGAACAUAAGGGUUUACACCACCGACAACCUGGAGCAUCCAUUGGAACUCACCGGUCACCAUGGUGAUGUCUCUGCCAUGGUGUUUGGAACAGUGAAAGGUCGUUGGAUUCUGUGCAGCGCUUCAGAAGAGUAUGUGAUUGUCUGGGACAUUGAUAGAUGCUACAGACAAGUCAAAGAGGGUGUAAUUGCUUCAGGCAGAGUGGUCGGCACGUUGCUCGGCAGGGUUGUGCAUCUGUCCCUGUGUCCGCAGACAUCUAAAGUGGCAGUAUGCUCAGGCUCCAGAGUGUUUGUUUUGAAUGCAGAGAGGGAGGAAGUGCUCGCUGUGUUGAAGGCUCAUCUUGGUCCUGUGACUGCCUCCGAGUUCUGUCCAUGGGACUUCAAUCUUCUCAUCUCAGUCUCAGAGGACCGAACAUUUAAGGUUUGGGAUGUGAUGAAGGGUGAUGUACUCUUUCAGUCUGCUGUGCUAUCAGCAUCUCCGCUGCUUAGUCUGUUCUUCGUGGAGCAAAACAGACAGCUCAUCACAGGGUCUGGUGAUGGACAGCUUUGGUGCCACACUCUCCCUGCGGACCACAAAUGUCGCUUGGUGACAAAACUGGACCUUUCGAAGCUUGAACAGAAGCUGAAAAACCUCAGGAAUAUUAACACACCUCCAAAUGGAAAAGAUGGAAUAACCCAUAAUGAUGUGAGAGGAACAGUGGAGACGGCAAAGCCUGUUCUGAGAAUCUGGGCUCAUGGACCACAGUAUGGCCAUGCUAGCAUGCAUCAGAGAGGAAGUUGUGUGUGGAUUGGAAGUUCUGAUGGGCUGUAUCUGCUUGACCUGGAUACUUCAGAGCUCCUCAUUACCCUUCCGUUCAAAGGUGACUUGAGCAUAUCAAUGGCAGGGUCACUGGCCAUCUCCCAUGGAUGUGCUGACAAUAUAUUAUGUUUGCUGACCUCUCUGUUCGAGCCUUCAGUCGUUCUGUCGGAGGUUAAUAAUGCUCAGCUGGAUGAACUCUGCUUUGGUCUGUUGAAAGGCUUUUCUGUGGAAGAGCAACUUUCAGUGGUGCCUAGCUCCCCUCUGGUGCCUGAGUCCCCUCUAAAUGCUGAGUUGACAAAACUAGGCCUGAAACCCCAGAGAAAAACAGGUGGGAGCUGUCAGAAAAGCGUGAAGAAUCAGCCAUUGGUUUUUCACACGCAAGUGAAAUCAUCAGGAUACAAUGCAGCUGCUUGCAGGACCAUGUUUAAACCACAAACCAACGUUAAGAAAAAAACGAACGCUUCUUCCAAAACUAGCACGAAUAAGAACUGUGUGCUGUUCAACAGGAAAAGCCUCAUAAGGGAGUAUCCAUCUCAAUCUGCAGCACCGAGUAUGUGUUCUAUUCGUCUUUCAGUUUCCACAACUCCAACCACAGUCAGCUCUCUGCAGUAUUCAGGGGAUGGAAAGCACAUUUUGUGUGGUCUUGGAGACAGUUCUGUAUUAUUGUAUAACUCUACACUCACCGACGAUCCAGCUGUCUACACAGGAGGACACGGUAAGACGGUGAACUGCGUGUGCUGGAGUCAUAGUAAGCAGUGGUUUUUGAGUUCUUCUGAGGAUCCUACCCUGUGCAUCUGGACUCCAAGUGUUGCUGAACCUGUUCUGACCAUGGGAUGUGACCAGUUUGCAAAGCCCAUCAGAGGUGCUCAGUUUUAUUAUCUUGAUAAGUUUUUACUGCUGGCGUCGGGAUCAGAUCUACUGCUGUACCUUUACCAUCUGGACACCACGAAAGAUGACAUCAAGAGGUAUAAGCAUAGAAGCAAGUCCAAGCUGACAGGAAAAUUUAAUAUGAAGACAGGAACAGACAUCACCUCAAUAUCAGCAAUCAAUGACUUCUACUCCUAUAUUGUGUUGGCUGCUGGCGCUGACCGCACCAUCCAGGUGUUUGAUAUGAACCACGGCUGUGUGGCCACUCAGAUUCCAGACGCUCACAGUCGGGCUGUCCAUCACCUCACCCAAAACAAGGGGUCUCUUUUCUGUUCACAAACCCCAGAAUCAUACAAUCUCUUCCUUAGCAGCGCUGUAACGGACAGUCUGAAAAUGUGGGACCUGCGUAGUGCAAGAUGUGUCCGUCGCUACGAGAGCCACGUGAACCGUUGUCAUCAGUGCACCGCUACCUUCUCACCCUGCGGUCGCUUCAUAGCUACUGGCUCAGAGGACCAUUCUGCUUAUAUAUAUGAUACACGCAGCAGCGGAUUUCUUCAUAAGCUCCAGAGACACUCCGAUACAGUUCUAAAUGUUGCGUUCAACCCUGCCAAUCCAGAGCUGUUGACUGGAACACUAAAUGGAAAACUGGCUUUGUUUCAUUCGGUUGACUCUUCGCUUCUGUCUUAAGCUUGGGAUCUAUACACUACAACCCCAAAGGAUUGGUGCUUUCUCAUGUCUGCUCUCUGCCUAAUGAGAUUCUUACAUCAGCGAGAUUACUGUACUGACGUGCCACCUCUGUGGGACCUACAACAUGGACAGGAUCUGUGAUUUCAUUGAAAACCUACAGAUGUGACACCUUGCUCACGCCCUGAACCGUCGAGCCAAAGACGCACCCUCAGAGAAAAGUUCAUGUGAACUUAUGUACUGCAGAAACACGUUUGUAUGCUGACAAAGACAUGUUCAUCUAUUGAUGUGUAUAAUGUUUUUUGCGCCUUCAUCUUGUAUAAGCGGAUUGAUUUGAUAUAAAAUGUUUAUAUGUUUUAUAAUGUGCAAGAACUCAUCCUGAUACUUUUUACCAGCACGUAAAAUGAAACAGAUUUUCAGCAACAUGUGUGGUGCUCUGCUUGAUUUACAAACACAAACUAAAUAAAAAAAUGUCAAAUGUGGUGCUUGCAAUGCAAUGCACUGAAUAUUAUAUUUUUAAUGUCUAUGUUAUAUUUUCUAUGUAAUGUUUAUAAUGGCUUUUAACCAGAAUCAUAUUGAAGAACAUCAGCGAUCACUGCAAUUCAGAUUAAAAAAGUUUGCGGUUUUGAGACAAGACACUUGUCAAGACCAAAUACAUCCAUCGUGGCUCCCUGGCGCCAACAGGUCUUAUACUGCCUUCAUGUAAGGGAUAGAGAGGAAUGUUAGUGUUUAAUGAUGGGUGGUGUCCACUACAACAGCUGGCAGCUUUUCUGCACCAAUAACUUCUCUGAGAUCAUUCUGUUCUCUGCCCAUUUUUGCAACUAACCAUCCCGUAGGGGGUUAUCUGUAGCAGACCACUGCAAAGAGAGGGCGUUUCACAGGACUUCAUAUGACAAUAUAAAACAUGCAAUAUACAGUAUAACUGUAUAUUUGUCGAUUUUAUUUAUGACUGUAGGUUCCAGGAUAUGCAUCAUAGCAGUGGUUCUUUAGAGAAUAGUUCACCCAAAAAUCGUCCCCAUUGACUUUCCAUAGUAGGAAUAAAAAUUACUAUGGUCAAGUCAAUUGGGACCAUUUUUGGGUGAACUGUUCCUAUAAAUGCAUAUAAGUACCUCUGAGUCCCGCUGCCAGGCAUAUGACUUCCUUAUAUCAGAUCUUAAUAAAAAAAGUCUAGAGAAAAUUACAUUUAUUAGGUUGUUUAUUGUGAAAACAUUUGGACACUUACACUCUUAAAAAUAAAGGUGGUUCACGAUGCCUAGAAUAACUUUUUUUGUCGAAAUGGUUCCAUAGAGAACCUUUAACAUCCGAAGAACCUUUCUGUUUCACAAAAUGUUCUUUGUGGUGAAAACAUUUUCUUCAGAUUAUAAAAAGGUAAGAAAGAGAUGGUUCUUUAAAGAACCUUUGACUGAAUGGUUCUUUGUGGACCCAAUAUUGGUUCUUAUAUGUCAUCGCUGUGAAGAACCUUUUAAGCACCUUUAUUUUUUGACACCAUUUCUUAGAAGUAACAUUUUUGUUGUUACUUUCAUUCAGCUGGUCAUUUUAUGGGAUAUAUGAAGUCAUAUCUCCUCAAGUUUACACAGAUACAGUAUGUUUCAUCACAUAACCAUACAUAACUAUGGAUGUGUUGUGUUCUUCUAAAUCUGAAUAACCAGAAUGCUGAAACGUCAGGUUUGAGCUGUACUAUAUUUAGCUGAAGUCAGUUGUGUCUCAUUUGUUUGAGAAUGAAUCAGUGUUGCUUCUUCUGUUUCCUAUUAAAGUGGCAAUGUAGGUCACACUUUUCAGUUAACUUUCAUGUAACAAUAUGUGAACCUGGACCACAAAACUAGUCAUUCGAAAUUGAGAUUUAUACAUCAUCUGAAAGCUGAAUGAAUAAGCUGUCCAUUAAUGUAUGGUUCGUUAGGAUAGGACAAGAUUUGGCCGAGAUAGCAAGCUGUUGCUAGGAAGAAACAGGUUUGUUUUAACGCUCUCUAUUUGGUUACCGCUGUAAUGACGUUGUGGAGAGUAGAUGAACCUGCAAGCAGAAAUUGUCAUUUCAGUAAUUCCCAAACUCCGGGCAGCAGCGAGUAAAGUUUGUAGACAUGCAUUUCCCGCUAUUUUUAUUCACGAUUUUGCUGCAUCCACUCACAAAAAUAUUUUUUUAUAUAUUUAGGGUUGGAAAUUUACAAAAUAUCUUCAUGGAACAUGAUCUUUACUUAAUAUCCUAAUGAUUUUUGGCAUAAAAGAAAGAUCGAUAAUCUUGACCCAUACAAUGUAUUGUAUUGCUACAAAAUUUUCUACUUAUGACUGGUUUUGUGUUCAGGGUCACUAUGAAAUGCCAUGAUAUAAGACUGUAUGUUUUGUGUCCUUAUGAGUUCUAAAUGUGAAUGGACACAAUUCAUCAGUUUUGUUUAGUGUCAUGGGUCAAUAAAAAGAAAACAUUUUCAUAAGAUGCUGAUAGUUUU